AGCCACCUCAAAACGAUUUAAGCUGUCAAUCCGAAACUCAAUCUGACCAAAAACUCGUAGUGGGAAACACAAUCUUAGGUGUAUAUAUCCCUACAAGUAUUGCAAAUCUGACUGGAAUUUCCACAUUAAAAAUGGACGCCUGUCGACGUGUUGCCAAGCGAAUCUGCGUCACAUAUUUUCUUUCCUUCGUGCUGCUCUCUGCGUUUUUCUACUACUUAAUGGCUCACAACAGCAGGAAUGACAGGGGAAUAUCGCGACUUCGAGAGGAUGUGGACGAUAUAGCGCACAUGCUUCACCAGCAGCAGAUGGAGAGCAAGGAAGCCCAGAUAUCGGGAAAGUUCAACUGCUUCGGAGGAGAACCAAAAGGAUGCGGUUCGGGAAAGUGGGAAAACAGGGAUGUGAGCGCCUACGUGGAUACUCUGUUUAAAAGGAAGAUCGGUCACCUGAUGGACGAUGUGUACAACCUGAAGAAGCAAAUGAUGAACAACGAUUGCUCUGCGAGAAGUGCCCAAUCCAUUCCGAUUCCCCCAAAGGAAACCUCCUCUCUGGCAAAAACUCGUAUUAACUACGCUUCCGAGGAAUUGGGUGCAAGGAUCUUGAGUGUGAAGGCUCAACCCAUUGAGGGAACCAACAUAUUAAAAUCAUUACUAGGACUUGACUUCAGUGCCAAUCCACCGGUGAAUAUGCUGCGUUCCAGUUUGUCGGCGGGCUCCUGUUUUGGCUUCAAAGGAAGCAAUGCAACAGUGGUGUUGCACCUGGCCAAACCCAUCGUCAUAGAGGCUUUCUCCUUGACACACGUGGCACGCGAAAUGACACCGAGCUUGUGCGUGAAGAGUGCCCCCAAGGACUUUGAUGUUUACGGUCUCCCGAAGGGCAAUGCCAAGCGGGAGCUUCUGGGACAGUGGACCUUCGAUAAUGCAGCCAACAAGCGCACACAGAGCUACACUGUGCACAGCAAGUCACUUUUUCGAAGACUCGCCUUUGUCAUUAACUCCAAUCACGGUGCCAAUUCCACUUGUAUUUAUCGUAUUGAAGUUUAUGGAAGACUUAAGUAAUAUGACUAUUUGGUGGUUAAAUGUUUGUACAUUUCAUUUUUAUUACUUUCCUCAAUAAAUGUUAAGUUCAUUGAGUUUUGAAUAAAAUAGAAAUCGAA